AUGCCAAUAUGUUUAGAGAUGUCGUCAGGAAGACCGAUUAAAUGUGUAGUGGUGGGUGACGGAACCGUAGGAAAGACAUGCAUGUUAAUAUCAUAUACUACAGACAGUUUUCCAGGAGAAUAUGUUCCCACAGUAUUUGAUAACUAUUCAGCACCAAUGGUUGUGGAUGGAGUAGCCGUGUCUUUGGGACUUUGGGAUACAGCUGGACAAGAAGACUAUGAUAGACUAAGACCUCUAAGUUAUCCACAAACAGAUGUUUUCCUUAUAUGUUUUAGUGUGACAAGUCCUUCUUCAUAUGAGAAUGUUACAUCAAAAUGGUAUCCUGAAAUCAAACAUCACUGCCCUGAUGCACCUAUUAUAUUGGUUGGUACAAAAAUAGAUUUAAGAGAUGAUAGAGAGACAUUAAGUUUGCUCUCUGAGCAAGGCAUGUCUCCGUUAAAACGAGAACAGGGUCAAAAAUUGGCCAACAAAAUAAGAGCUGUUAAAUAUAUGGAAUGCUCUGCUUUGACACAGCGUGGGCUAAAACAGGUAUUUGAUGAAGCUGUGCGUGCAGUAUUAAGACCUGAACCCCAAAAGAGACAUCAAAGGAAAUGUUUAAUCAUG